ACCUGCCCUGCCUGGCCGUGCAUCCUGCAGCCUCACCACCACUGCGACCACUCGGGGCACAAACAACGCAAACAACACACAAAGCACAGCUACAACACUGAAAAGCACACAAACAAUCAGCGUGAGGUGAAAGGAAUGAACAGAAAAGCAAACAUACAAACAAGAACAGCACCAAACGAAAGAAAGAGACAAAAAGAAAGAGAGAUCACCAAAACAAAACAAAAAAAUAGAGGAGGACGGGUCGUGUCCACGCGUCCCUCGCCCCGCCAUCAGCUGACACCUGGGCUGAGUUAGUGAGUCACACGGGCGCCUGAUGAUGAUGGGUGGGCGACGGGCACGCGUCGCGGCGUCUGGCAGUGAUAGCAAGGUAUAUAAAGCCUGCAGGAGGGACGAGGGGCAGGAGUCGCCGUGUGGCAGUGGUGGUGAGGAGGGCGAGCUACGGGCCGGCUCUCACCGCACCUCGGGGCCUUCACACGCACUCACCACUCACCCGCACCCACUACACCCUUCACUCCUCCUUCAAGCUUUCCCUCUCCUCCGCCUCCCUCAAAAGUCCUUGUCUGCCUCCCCCUCCUCCUCCUUCUCCCAGUGUAUUUAUGCCCGUGGGAAGCGAGUGGCGGUGCCCUCCCUGACUCCCAAGGCGGGCGGGACUAGCUGGGUCUUGCCGCCGAGCGUGACUCCCCGCUCCUGACGCAGCCUCCCUGGUAGUCACGCUCCUCCUGACUCACGUGGCGCGCUAAGGAAACUAGAUCUCGGUGGCAUGGGCGUGGCGCGGGUGACAGUGUGGGUGGCGUGGGUGGCAGCCAGCGCAGUGAUGGUGGCAGUGGAGUGGGCGCCUCUUGCUAAGGGGGCGCCGUCACCCAGCGUGCAGAGUUUCUCCAUGGCUCACUUCGGUUUCACGCUCGACCUGUACACGGCGCUGGUGAACGAGAGUGCUAAGGAGGACAACCUGCUCUUCAGCUCCGUGGGUCUGGCGGCUGUGCUCUCUCCUCUCCUGGCCAGCAGCGACUCUCUCAUUAGUCAGCAGAUUAGAGAGGUGAUGCGCCUCUCUAACAUGAGCGUCGCCUGUGUGGAGAAGGGCCACACUGAUAUGCUCACCCACUUCAAGAACACUUACUACAACGAGGUGCUCCAGCUUGGCUACACUGUGUUCUUCCCGCCCUCCGCCCACGCCACCAGCGCCCUCUAUCCUGAAGGCAUAGCGCAACAGGUGGACUUCCUCGAGAAUGCUGAAGAGGUGACUGCGAGAGUGAACGAGUGGGUGACGACGGUGACGGGAGGACGCGUGGGGCCCGUGGAUGGCGUGACGGAGGCGCUGCCGGCCGGGGGAGACGCGGGGAUAGCCGUGGUGGCCCUCGCCUUCUCUGGCCAAUGGCUCCACGGCUUUCAACCUGAGCUGACUUUCGACAAGGGUCUCUUUUACACCACGCCCCAGGAAAGGUUCGAGAUCCCGAUGAUGGUGGGUCGCCUGGAGCUCCCUCUGGGCUCCUACCCGCCCCUGGAGGUGCGGGUGCUGGAGCUGCCCCUCGCCGCCCGCCGCGCCUCCACCUUCAUCCUGCUGCCGGACCACCCCGAGCGAGGCCUGGCGCCCCUCGAACACAACAUGACACAGAACAACAUGAAAGCGCUCUUCUCCAGCCUCAAGGACGAGCGAGUGAACCUUCGUCUGCCAAGGUUUCGAGUGGAGGUCACCCAACCGAUAAAGUCAGCCCUCGCCUCUCUGGGCCUGAACAGCGUGUUCCCUCAGCUCCUGCAGGACAUCCACCACAGGUUGGUGGUGGAGGUGCGGGAGGCGGGCGAGAACAACACCCACGCCCAGGACUCCCGCGGGGACCAGGUGGGGACUUUUGGGGACAAGUACUUCGAAGUGGACCAUCCGUUCGUCUUCUUCGUGUGGGACUACCGGGUCAGCAGCGUCCUGGUGAUGGGCCGCGUGGUCUCGCCCGAACCCAUUCUUGUCAACUAACUCGACCCCUGGUGGCCUUGAGGGGAAUUAUGAUCGUUCACCGUUUUCUUUUCUUUUUCCUUCCUUCUCUUCUAUUCCUUUUACACAUUCACUCCUUUAUUCUUUCUUCCUUUGUAUUUUUCUCUUCACUACGUUUCGCUGAAUAUCUCCACACUCAUUUUGCGCUCAACUUUGCAUACAUACAUACAUGCAUACAUACAUUCAUACAUACAUACAUACACACAGUCAAAUUUACGUAUACAUGUUCUACACUGAGAGAAAUACACAUUUUCUUAGCAUUCCCCUUCACUCAAGAGCACAACACCAUCUCCUUUAUCUUUUUUUUUUUCACAAUUUCCAAGCUUCCUAUUCUCUUAUCGUGUUAUUUCUCGUGUUAUCUCUCGUGUUAUCUCCACGUAGGAUGAUCUCAUAGUCCUUCUGUCCGGCAGUUGGUGAUUGGCGCUUGUCACCCUGAAGCAGAGGUCCAAACAAGCUUUUCAUCACUUGUUGCUCAGCUUUCACUCGCGUCGGGGAGCCUCAGUGGCCGCGGCGGUGACCUGCGAGUGUCCCAAGAGGAGCGCAUCACCCUGGGCUCUGCUGCAGGGCUCCACGCAAUCAAUGAACUGGUCGUUACUGGUCGUAGGGUAUGCAAGUUUAAGUGUCAUAUUAACAGCCUUUCGCGUGGUUGUUUGCCCCACAGUAAGCCACGACAAGCCAGACGGGGCGUCCCGUGCACCGGUAGGCUGCGUUCUUAAACGUUUCACUCAGAGUUUUGUCCUUCAUUAUUUUUUCUAUGGUACUUUAGUGCAGUAUUGCAAGUCACUGGAGUUUUUAAUUGUGCUUACAUGAUUCUAAUGAUGAUUUAACGAGGAUUUCGUAUAAAGAAAUAUAAAAAAACAUGAAAACCCACAGUCUUGAUAACGUUUAAUAUUCUUAAACGUUUCUACGUCUUAUCUCUGACUAUUUUGAACAAGUUCUACGAAAGUACUGCAAGUUACUGGACUUUACUAGAGUGUUUAAAUUAUUCUAGUGAUAAGUUGACGAGAAUUCCACACCAUCAGUGACCAAAACAGCAUGAAAAACACGACUAAUCAUCACUGAGACCUCUGGAAGCAGUCUUAAUGGGAAACGUUUCAUAUCACGUUGCAGCAUCUUGUCCUUGAAUAUUUUUUACGCAAAUUACCGCAGUUUUCAAGGAAUUUUCAUGAUUCCGGUGGCAGAUUAACAAAAAUUCAACAACAUCAGUGGCAAAAACCAGACAACCAUUACUAUAUCCUUUGAAAACAGUCCUGAGAAGAAACGUUUAAAGAACACGAGCCAUCUGAACCAAGACACACACACACAAAAGAAAGUCAAGUUAAUCCCUGGCGUGGUCGUGGCUUGCUAUGGAUUCCCGGCAGUUACUCCUAUACACUUAUGCAUGUGAUGUGUCGCGGCUUCACAGUGAUAUGUAUAUUUAGUGACAGUGAGAUGUGAGCUGUUGUGGGGAGGUCCAAGUCAAAGAGGAACUGUGAUAAUGUGCUUAAGAGCCUCGUGUGGGAGGGCGUGGGGGCGUGGGGGUGUGGGGGUGUGGGGAGGACCGUUAGGCUGGCCAGGGUAGGGGCGGGGUGCUCCUGCCUCCUGCCUCCUGUCCUGCUGCCCGGCCGGGAAACUUGCUCAUGAAGAGAGAAGGUGCUGUAAACAUAGAAGCAGCCGGCUGUGUGUGUGUGUGUGUGUGUGUGUGUGUGUGUGUGUGUGUGUGUGUGUGUGUGUGUGUGUGUGUGUGUGUGUAUGUGUGUGUGUGUAUGUGUGUGUAUGUGUGUGUGUGUGUGUGUGUGUGUGUGUGUGUGUGUAUGGUGUCAGUCAUUUAAGUGGUUUCAAUCCCCCUUUACAUACUUAUAAUACUACUACAGUACAGACAAUUGCCUACAAGAAGCCUAAACGUGAUCAUACUACAGUAAUGUAUAAGUAUGUACACUACUACACUACUACAGUACGUAAGUGUGUUGGUGCUCUCCAUAAGUUUUUUUAGGAGUUACUAUUUAAUUGUUGCUGAUGUUUGUAUGUACGUCAGAUUUGCUUCAUUCAGUCAGUCAGUCGGUUAGCCAGUCUGUUUUGUUAGUAUGUAUGUGUUUGUUUAUUUGCGUCUGCCUGUGUCUGUCUGUCAGUCUGUCCCGCGACGGUCUGCCUGUCUGUCUGCCAUCACGAGCAAAUAAAAAGCAUAAUACAAAGCAGUCUACAAUAUGCCAAAAAAUACAUAUAA